AUGUCGACCAAACUCAACCGCCUGUUAUCAAUAAGAACUCGAGUAAUUGAGGAUCUAGAACAUCAUGCCGAAGAGGUUAUGAAAUUCACAGAAACGAGCAAUGCUACCCUGAUAUCUUAUCGCAUCAGAGCUCUAGAAAAGGCUUAUCAUGAUUUCGCGAGUACAAUUGAUACGCUCGAAGAAAUGCCACAAUACCACACCUUGGAAAAUUUGACAGAUAUCAAAACAAAAAAUCGACAAAUCCAAGAUUUAUAUUUAAAUAGCAAAUUUCAUGUAUCCGAAUUUGUUGAAAAUGAAGAGGACCGCAAUUUGAACGCCUCCUUCUUUCAAACUACCCGAACCACUUCCAAUACCACUCUAAACACGUCAGAAACUAUUACAAAGAAUAUGGGCAUACGCCUGGAAAAAAUAUCGGUCCCACAUUUUAAUGGUAAAUACGAGAAAUGGCCCGAAUUUAAAGCAAUGUUCACAUCUCUAAUGAAUAAAUAUCAGGGAGAUAAUAUUGAAAAAUUGACACACCUGAAAAAUUAUUUAGAAGGAGAGGCUAAAGAUAUCAUAAAACAUUUAAAUGAUUAUAAUGCAGCUUGGGAUCUACUUGUAUCUCAAUACGAAAAUAAGCAUGCUAUAGUUUCCGCCCAUUUGAAAAACUUUCACGAUAUUCCCGUGAUGUCUACUGCGGCAUCAAUUCGAUUUGCUAUUACAACUACCAAUAGCUGUCUCGCGGGCAUAAAAAAUUUGGACAUCCUUACAGAUACAUGGGAUCCAAUGAUCGUCUUCACGUUACAAGAAAAGUUAAGUCCCGAAUUACGACAUAAAUGGGAAGAAGAAAGAAAGGGCUCGCAUGAACCAACUACGCUAAAACAAUUCUUAGAAUUUUUGGAGACACGAUAUAAAAUCAGUUCAGUGCUUCCUCCAAGAAGAAUCCACAUACGACCAAAUCACAACGACUCCUCGUCCUUACCAACAGCAGAAAAGUCAAAGAGAGACACUAGCAUGGAGGAGGAGGAGGAAAAGCAAUAUGGGGCUGAUGAGUAUGAUGCAGCAUAUUUCCAUACUCGAUCGGAUAAGUGCCGCAUUUGUUCGGCGGAACAUUCAAUUUUCUCUUGCCCAAUGUUUCAAAAUUCGGAAAUAGCGUUACGCGUAGCUAAAGAAAAGAAGCUAUGCCUCAAUUGUUUGUAUGACAAUCACGAAACAGAACAGUGUACAUCGCAGUUUGAUUGUCAACGUUGUAAAAAAAGACAUCAUACAUUAUUACACGAUGCACUCAGUACAAUGGAUCCAGCAUCAAGGCCAGAAAAAACGUUCCACAAUCGAGCCGAAACAAAGGGACCUCUCUUGGCCACCGCUCUCGUACCUAUUCAUACUAAAAGGGGAGUAAUCACAUUACGUGCGUUAAUUGACCAGGGGUCAACCACAAAUUUACUAAGUGAAAGGGGCGCAAAACUACUUCAAUGCUCUCGACAACGAAUCACACCAUUUCCCAUGUUCGGCCUGGCCAACGUCACAGCUGGUACAGCCACCCAUAAAACAUCACUUCUUAUUGGUUCUGUGCACGAUAAAAAUUAUAGACUGCCUUUGCCAACGUUCAUAACGCAAGACAUCACAAAAAUCAAACCAAUCCACCCAAAAACAUUUGCCCAAUGGCCACACCUCAAGGGUUUGCAAUUGGCUGACUCAAGUACGUCAAAUAGUCACCAAAUUGAUCUUCUCAUUGGUAGUCGAACAUUCGCUGAAAUAGUUGACUACGGAUUAAUAAAGGGCAAGGAAAACCAACCAAUUGCUCAAAACACCAAAUUGGGAUGGAUUAUUUCAGGCGGAUAUGAAGAAAAUGACAAAUCAAUUCGCAUAAAUAUGAUCAAUAAU